AGGGAGCGCACGACGUGCGCGCGCCCUCCGCCUCGUCCGCCGCUGCCGCCUCCUUCUUCUGCCGCUCCUGGUGCUGCCUGUGUGCUCCUUCAGUGCGGACCUGGUGCCUCUUUUGUGAAGCGGCAGCUGAGGAGACUCCGGCGUUCGCCAUGGCCGACGAGAAACCCAAGGAAGGAGUCAAGACUGAGAACAACGACCAUAUUAAUUUGAAGGUGGCGGGUCAGGAUGGCUCUGUGGUGCAGUUUAAAAUUAAGAGGCAUACACCACUUAGUAAACUAAUGAAAGCCUAUUGUGAACGACAGGGUUUGUCAAUGAGGCAGAUCAGAUUCCGGUUUGAUGGGCAGCCAAUCAAUGAAACAGACACACCUGCACAGUUGGAAAUGGAGGAUGAAGAUACGAUUGAUGUGUUCCAGCAGCAGACAGGAGGUGUCUACUAAAAAGGGAACCUGCUACUUUACUCCAGAAUUUUGUUAUAGACCAAGAAUACAUUCGCAAUUAGAAAGCCGCAAUUUGGUUCCACCACAUCCUGACUACUACAGUAUAGUUUUCUCUAUUCUUUCAUUUCCCUGUCCCCAUUUCUUUAUUGUACAUAAAGUAACUGGUGUAUGUGCACAAGCAUAUUGCGCUUUUUUCUUUUUUUUUUUUUCUUUUUUCUUUUUUAAACUAAAUGGCCAAUGUUCUGUUUUGAUUGACAGCAGAUGGAGGUGGUCUGGGGGAAAGUACUGGUUCUGUGAAAAUAUCCCCCUGCUCCAUUAGUGGCAUGCUCAUUCAGCUCUUAUCUUUAUAUUCCAGUAAGUUAUUUUGCUCUCAAUGUUUUAACAAAAGAACCCAACCACAAAAUCCUUGCAUACCUUGUUCGAUUGGAGAAUUUUAAUGUUUUUCAUUUAUCAUUGUAAAACCAAGGACAAUUUUAUAACUUUUUUGUACGUAGCUGUUACAUGUAGGGCGAUCUGUCUUUAAGUAGGGAUAAAUUACUCUUGAACAAAAUGAUCCUAGAUAGUUUUCCCUUCAAGUCAAGCGUCUUGUUGUUUAAAUAAACUUCUUGUUUAAAAUGA